GACUUAAAGGUGUUUAAGUAGUACAGUGUGCUAAGGAGAAAAUAAAUAGGGUGGACGUCUGGUCUGGAGCAUCACGAGGAGACGGAGUGAGGCUUGGUCGGUUUUAAAGAGAUUCAGCUUAUGAAAUCGAAAACUUUGGUUACAUUGGAUAAAUAUGGGAGAAAAUAGUGGGUCUUCAUGAUGUAAGUUGUCUGCUGUUAGGAAAUCUUUGUUACAAUACACUAUGUAGCACUGGUACCGUGGGUACCAGCUUCGGUUGAAAGGUGUACGGUUUUGCAAAUAACGUGUAUGGAUGAAACUUUGCAAGUUUUGAUUUAGUUUUAAGAAUGUAACAAGUUAUGUUCCAAGAGGUGGUAUGACAUUGAUCAAAUGCCAGAGUAGUUAAUGUGUGUGAUUAUCUUUCUUUGCUUGCAGUGAAGGUGAACGACCAAGCCAAAAUGAAAAAAGAAAAGAGAAAAGUGUCAAAAGAGGAGGAAAUCGCUUUGAGCCAUAUGCUAAUCCUGCUAAAAGAUACCGAGCUUUUAUUACAAAUAUUCCAUUUGAUGUGAAGUGGCAGUCUCUGAAAGACCUGGUCAAAGAGAAAGUUGGUGAGGUAACAUACGUGGAGCUCUUAAUGGACGCUGAAGGAAAGUCAAGGGGAUGCGCUGUUGUUGAAUUCAAGAUGGAAGAAAGCAUGAAAAAGGCUGCAGAGGUUUUGAACAAGCAUAGUCUUGGUGGAAGACCAUUGAAAGUGAAAGAAGAUCCUGACGGUGAGCAUGCCAGGAGAGCAAUGCAGAAGGUCAUGGCAGCAGCUGGUGGAAUGGGUAUUGGUCCAGGCCCGGGCGGCCCCGGCAUGAUCAAUAUCCCGCCUAGUAUACUCAACAAUCCCAACAUACCCAACGAGAUCAUUCAUGCCUUACAGGCAGGGAGACUUGGAAGCACUGUCUUUGUUGCAAAUCUGGAUUACAAGGUUGGUUGGAAGAAACUGAAAGAAGUAUUCAGCAUGGCCGGUGUUGUGGUUCGGGCAGACAUACUAGAAGACAAAGAUGGCAAAAGUCGUGGGAUUGGCACUGUCACUUUUGAGCAAGCUAUAGAGGCUGUUCAGGCUAUAUCGAUGUUUAAUGGGCAGCUGCUGUUUGACAGACCGAUGCACGUAAAAAUGGAUGAACGAGCCUUUCCCAAAGGAGACUUCUUUCCUCCAGAGCGACCCCAACAACUUCCUCAUGGUCUUGGUGGUAUUGGCAUGGGAUUAGGACCUGGAGGUCAACCUAUUGAUGCAAAUCAUUUAAACAAAGGCAUGGGAAUGGGCAACAUGGGACCUGGAGGAAUGGGAAUGGAAGGCAUGGGCUUUGGAAUGAAUAAAAUGGGAGGAAUGGAAGGUCCUUUUGGUGGCAUGGAAAACAUUGGUCGCUUCCCAGCUGGAAUGAACAUGGGCAGAAUGAGUGAGAUGGAUCGUGCCAUGGGUGGAGGAUUUGAAAGAGAAUUUGGAAGAAACGAAAUGGGAAUGUCUCGUAGUUUUGGAGAAACUUUGGAGAGAGGAAUAGGUGGUGGAAAUGCCAGCAUUCCUGGGAUUGAGAGGAUGGCACCUGGCAUUGAUCGUAUGGGCUCGGGAAUAGAAAGAAUACCUUCCGGGAUGGGGCAUGGGAUGGAGAGAGUAGGGUCAGAAAUAGACAGGAUGGGUCUUGUUUUGGAUCGCAUGAGCUCCAACGUGGAGCGAAUGGGUUCAGGAAUUGACCGAAUGGCCCCUCUGGGCAUAGAUCACAUCGCUCCUAACAUUGAGAGGAUGGGCCCAGCUAUUGAGAGAAUGGGUUCUGGCAUAGAGAGAAUGGGUUCUGGAAUAGGCUUUGGUAUCGAGAGAAUGGGCGCUGCCAUUGACCGUGUUGGCACCACUAUGGACAGAAUGGGAUCAGGCGUAGAACGUAUGGGCUCUGGCAUGGAUAGAAUGGGUAUAGGUAUGGAGCGUAUGGUCCCUGCUGGAAUGGGAACUGGAAUGGGUCAGGUCAUAGAGAGAAUGCCAGCUGGUUUGGAUCGCAUAGGUGCCACUCCUAUGGAAAGAAUAGGAAUAGACCGUAUGGGUGCUGCUAGCAUGGAGAGAAUGGGCUUGGAGCGCAUUGGAGCCACUAAUAUGGAAAGAAUGGGUCCUGCUAUGGGACAGGGCAUGGGAGCAGGCAUAGAUCGAAUGGGACUUGCGAUGGGAAGCAAUUUUGAAAGAACAAUGGACAUGGAACGUGGAAACUUUGCAGGCAAUUUUGCAGGCUCCCUUGGAGGAACUGGAGGACCUGCAGCUGGGGUGGCCAGAAAAGCCUGUCAGAUAUUUGUGAGAAAUCUGCCUUUUGAUUUUACAUGGAAAAUGCUGAAAGAUAAAUUUAACGAAUGUGGUCACGUGCUGUAUGCUGAUAUCAAGAUGGAGAAUGGGAAGUCUAAAGGAUGUGGUGUGGUUAGAUUUGAGUCCCCAGAAGUAGCUGAGCGAGCCUGCCGUAUGAUGAAUGGGAUACAGCUUCGUGGGAGGGAGAUUGAUGUGCGAAUUGAUAGAAAUGCUUAAGUAGUUGCCUUUUUAACACUGAUACCAGAUUUUUGAAAUUGUAUUUUUUUCUUGUUAACCAUUUUAAUUUGACUGGAUGUAAAGGUGUUAAAACAAUUCAGUUGCUUUCUGGAGUAAUUUUAAUUACUUUUUUAACAAAUGGAUUUCCAUUUUACUGUUUUUUGCAUUGAAACUGCAAUGUGCACAAUCUUUUUUUGUAGUUGUGGCAUCUUGUUGACAUUACAGAUGUAAACAGUAUGACUUUGAUAAUAAAUGCAAGUUAAAGAUUUCAGUCACAGCAUCCGUUACUGGCAGCACAUCCUAUGCUUGCAAAAAAUAUCUGUAAACUGAGCUCAGUAAACUAGAAUUUGUAUUCUCUUGUGAAGUGUCAAGAAAGAAUGUUCCUCUCCGUUGUCAGUUUAUGACAGUAUGAAUCGGUCUUUAAAACGAUGCAUUUGCGCAUUCGCAUUAGUGUUUGAAUGUCUUCGGGGUACAGGGGGGACUUCCCUUUCCUGUAUUCAGACCUAAUCGGUGACCACUCUUAGCAAAAGGCUGGUAGCUUAAUUUUUCUCCAGUGGCAAUGC